AUGACCUCGGGAAGUUACGAUCGCGCCGCUAUACUUAAAGGCCUGACUGCAGAUAUCUUUGAUCCGCGAUUUGCUUUAAACGCUUCGCUCUUCAUCUGUGCACGAGCAAUAUCCCCCAAGCAAGAAGCAAUGAGUCUUGGGCAUGUCAUGUCGUUUGCCUACAACAUUUGGGACUUGGGUCAAGCUGUGGCUGGCUUCCUACCAUGGGACUCAAUGUGUACCUACGUCGGCUCCAGCAAGAUGGAAUUACUCAGCGGGUCGAACACGCACUCACGACAACAACGAGGAAUGGGGAUACUCUACGUAUACAUCUAA